UUUACUUUGUUUCGUUUUAUUUGUCCGUUAACAAAGGCUCUGGUAUCUAACGAAAAGGUUCUGUCUGUGGAAUCGAGGAAUUCAUUUUCUACAGUAUCGACUGCACGACAAGACCAAUCUGUCACCAACCGCCUGCUUCAAAGCAUAGCCCGUCGCCGAAUUCGCGGCACAUUGGCGUGUUUGUGGCUAAACAGCGGGCUGGCCAUCGAAACAAUACUCCUUUCUGCCCCAGUCACUGAAAAUGCCAGGUGUUCAUGGGCCACAAUGUGGCUGUGUGCACGAGAUCGACCUGAAGGGAGCACAAUUCCUCCUGCCGUAUAUCAACCUCGAGGGUAUUCGAGGACUUAACGAGCAGGUUCAGAACUCGGCGAGAACAAUUUUCAAGUCGUAUGAAGACCGUCUGGAUGAGACGAAAUUUUGCCGCAGUGAAGAGGACGACCCUGAGCUGAUGAUUCACAUCCCUUUUAAAUCUCCUUGCAAGAUAUCCAGUCUUCACCUCAUUGGCGGCGACAAUGGGCGUUCCCCGGCCUCUGUCAAGAUUUAUGCAGACCAAGAAAACCUUGAUUUCAGCACAGUCCACGAUACCCCAUGCAUUCAAGAAGUGGAAUUAGUCACCGACUUCCAUGGCGCCGUCGAGUAUCCGUUGAAGGUGACAAAGCUCCAGAAUGUGACGUGUCUCACGCUCUUCUUCCCUCAAAACAUGGGGGGCGAUUUCCUUGAGCUCUUCUACAUCGGCCUCCGCGGGGAGGGUUCGAACUACCAACGACGAGCGGUCGUCACGGUUUACGAAGCGAACGCAAACCCUGCAGACCACGAAGUGGCCAGUGAACACGGAGUUCAGGCCACAGCUUUGGAAGAAGGAAAUUGAAAAGGAGUUGGGAUGCGUGAACGACACCACGAGGGAAGGACAGACUCGCUUUUGACAGCAAACAUACUGGAGAAACAUGACAGGGAACCGUCUGCUUCUCUCAGAGAAGGGCAAAAAGAUGCAUUCAAGGAGAGAACAGCAACAGAGCAAACGCAACUUUCGCAUUCCAAAAAAGGCCCUCGUGCCAUCAUUCCCUCGAGAGGUUCAAACGGGGUGUUUUCACGAUAUAUGCUUUAAGUUUUGUUCUAAAAAAACAUGAAUCCUCCAGGGGUCUCCCCGUCACCACAUCCGACGUCGUCGUAUUGAUGAAAUCCAUAUACGUAUAUAUAUAUAUAUAUAUAUAUAUAUAUAUUUGUGUAUGUAUGCAAGCGUGUAUAUAUAUAUAUAUAUAUAUGUAUAUAUGUAUGUAUAUUUGUAUAUGUAUUUCAAUGUGGAUGCGCAUGUAUGUCUACGCCCGAUUGGUGGAUGUCUUUUGUGUGCGGCAUGUGAUCGUGCAGAGAAUAUUGGUCAUCUUC